GGUUUUUACUGGAUACUGUGAAUGACAAUUCAGGAACUCCUGCUGGCACCGCAUGUAGCGCAAAGAAGGAGGCGUAAACACGGACAGCUAGGUAGCCAUCAAGGUUAUGGAGAUGAGCAGCAACAGUGAGUGCUUUGGAUGUGGCCGCUCUGGACAUUGGGUGAAGCACUGCCCUAAUGCCAGUGGUGCACGUGGACGUGGGAGGGGCCGGGGGCGAGGCAAGGAGCUCUUCUGCUAUCGAUGUGGAGACCAGGGACACAUGGCCAGGGACUGUGACCAAACUGAGGAUGCGUGCUACAACUGCCACAGGAGUGGUCACAUUUCCCGGGACUGCAAGGAGCCCAAAAAGGAGAGAGAGCAGCUUUGCUACACUUGCGGCAAAGCUGGUCACAUGGCCCGCGAUUGCGACCAUGCCAAUGAGCAGAAGUGCUACUCCUGCGGUGGAUUUGGCCACAUCCAGAAACUAUGUGAUAAGGUGAAAUGUUACAGGUGUGGUGAGAUUGGUCAUGUUGCCGUGCAUUGCAGUAAAGCCAGCGAGACUAACUGCUACAACUGUGGAAAGGCAGGCCACCUGGCAAAAGAGUGCACCAUCGAAGCAACCGCAUAAUCAGUGCCCUCUGUUGCCCCUCCUUUUUUUUUCAGAUUGAUGGUUGGUUGUAUUAUUUUCUCUGAAUCCUCUUCACUGGCCAAAGGUUGGCUAACAGAGGCUAGUCCCAGGCCAGUGAGCCUCUCGACAUGUAAUACAAUGAAAGGGGUGAAAAAAAAAAUCUUUCUGCAUUCAAUACAAAAAUGUUUUAGUUUGGUAGCGGUGUUAUGUAUAAUGCUUUGUCAAAGAAACCCCCCUUUCCAAGCCACUGGUGAUCAGCAAUGAAAAAAUGGGACUAAACAUAUGGGAAUCUAUAGGACCUCUGAGCUUGUGGAAGUGCGUCUCAGUAAAAUGAGAUGAAGAAGGGAGUAAAUGGAAACCAAACUUCCAUGUGCGGUUUUUUGGGUUUGUUUUAGUGGAAUAUGAGUUGGCCAAGAGAGUAUGACAUGGAAACAGUUCAUAAUGAUGCAUUUCAGCCCUACACGCAGCUACAAGUGGGCGAUAACAAACUACAUGUUAUAUUACUAAGGUAUAAAAAUUUUGGAGGUAUUAAAAGAAACAUGCUCUUUUAUAGAAAUCUGUUUACAAUUUAAAUAUCACUUAGUAGUCCAAGGUAGACUUUUUUCUUUUUUUCUUUUUUUUUCUUUCUUUUUUUACCUUGGCAAAAAUUUAACAUCAAGAACAGUUGUCAGAAAUGCAGAAUUUGGAGUUAUUUGGGAAUGAAAAAUGUUUUCACAGAAAUCAAAAUGUUAUUUUUGUACAAUAUCACUUAGACUACUGUAUAAAUACCAUUUGCUUGUACUCAGUUUUUAAGUCGGAAGGAAAGUGCAACUGAAGUCCUAGAAAAUAGAAAUGUAAUUUUAAACUAUCAAUAAAGCUGGAGGAGCACGGG